GUGUUUUGUGGUGGGCAGCAAAGACAUGUCCACGUGGGUGUUUGGUGCAGAGCGCUGGGCCAACCUCAUCUACUAUUCCCUGGGUGGACACAAAGAUUUGAUCGUGGGCUGCUUCUUCGAGAAAGACAGCCUGGAUCUGUACACGGUGAGCCAGGAUGGGACGCUGUGCGUCUGGGAGAGCGACACCGAGCUGGACGGCCUCGUCCUGACUAAGAGCCGGGACAAACCCAAGCCCCCGAGACAGGGGGAGGUAGAGGAGGACGAUGAGGAGGAGGAGGAGGAGAGGCUGGAGGGAGAGGAGGGAGAGGUCAUCAGAGGGAAAGCUGAAGCUCCCAAAGAGAAGAAGACGAUCAAGAACGUUCGAUACAAGCAGAGGAGCAAACACUUCUUCAACAAGGAGGGGGAUUUUAACAACCUGACUGCUGCCGCCUACCACAAGCCGACUCACAUCCUGGUCACCGGUUUUGCGUCCGGGAUCUUCCACCUGCACGAGCUUCCGGAGUUCAACCUUAUCCACUCCCUCAGUAUUUCAGACCAGAGAAUUGCUUCAGUGGCCAUAAACAGUUCUGGAGACUGGAUCGGCUUUGGGUGCUCAGGGAUGGGUCAGCUGCUGGUGUGGGAGUGGCAGAGCGAGUCGUACGUCUUCAAGCAGCAGGGGCACUUCAACAACAUGGCCUCGCUGGCUUACUCGCCAGACGGGCAGUACAUCGUAACAGGAGGGGACGAUGGCAAAGUCAAGGUGUGGAACACCAACAGCGGCCUUUGCUUCGUCACCUUCACGGAGCACAGCAGCAGCGUCACCAACGUCACCUUCACCUCCAGCGGCUUCGUCAUCGUCAGCGCUUCUCUGGAUGGGACGGUCAGAGCGUUCGACCUGCACAGGUACCGAAACUUCCGGACAUUCACGUCGCCUCGGCCCGCGCAGUUCUCCUCCCUGGCAGUCGAUAACAGCGGAGAGCUGGUGAGCGCGGGAGCCCAGGACUCCUUUGAGAUCUUCCUCUGGUCCAUGCAGACAGGCAGACUGCUGGAGGUUCUUGGGGGUCACGAGGGUCCAGUCAGCUGCUUGUGUUUCAGUCCAGUCCAGUCCGUCCUGGCAAGUGCCUCGUGGGAUCGCACCGUCCGGCUGUGGGACAUGUUGGACAGCUGGCAGGUCAAGGAAACACUUCCCCUCAGCUCUGAUGGCUUGUCGGUGACUUACCGCCCUGAUGGCCAGGAAGUGGCCGUGGCCACUCUGAAUGGGGAGAUAUCUUUCUGGAACCCCCACACGGCCACACAAACCGGCUCCGUGGCUGGACGCCACGAUCUGGAGAUGGGCCGCAAAGAGACGGAUAAAAUCACAGCCAAACAGUCCGCCAAGGGCAAGUCCUUUACGUGUCUGUGCUACUCUGCGGAUGGGCAGUCUGUUUUGGCAGGAGGUCAGUCCAAGUUUGUCUGCAUCUACAACGUCAAGGAGCAGAUGCUCAUGAAGAAGUUUGAAAUCUCCUGCAACUUGUCCUUCGAUGCCAUGGAGGAGUUCCUGGACAGGCGGAAGAUGACGGAGUUCGGCAGCCUGGCCCUGGUGGAUGACGGAGCAGGGGACGGAGACGGGGUCAACAUCAGUCUCCCCGGAGUCAGGAGAGGUGACAUGAGUUCUCGACACUUCAAACCAGAGAUCAGAGUCAGCUCGCUGCGGUUCUCCCCUACUGGUCGCAGCUGGGCGGCCUCUACCACCGAGGGCCUGCUGGUCUACUCCCUCGACGGUUCUAUGGUGUUUGACCCCUACGACCUCGACUUGGACGUGACGCCGGGCAGCAUACGCAAGCAGCUGCGGCUUCAGGAGUGGGCGUCGGCCAUCGUGCUGGCGUUCAGACUCAACGAAAAAGCCCUCAAGCAGGAGGUGCUGGAGACCGUGCCGCAUGCGCAGAUCCCAGUGGUUUGUGGCUCUCUUCCUGACAUUUACGUCGAAAAGCUUCUGGGAUUUGUGGCGGCGUGCCUGGAGAAGUCGGGUCACCUGCAGUUCUACAUGACCUGGGCCCAGAGCCUGCUCAUGCUGCACGGACAGAAACUCAAGAACAGGUCAGGGGCCAUACUGCCCACCCUCCAGGCGCUGCAGAAGAGCAUCAAGAGACACUUUGACAACCUGUCCAAACUGUGUGACUUUAACAUGUAUAACAUUCGUUACGCCGUGGCCCUGUCAAAGCAGAGGGGUGUAAAGAGAGCGGCCGAGGAGGACGAGGGGGAGGAGGAUGAGGAGGAUGAAGAUGAAGGGCUGUCUGAGGAGAUGAGCGAAGCCUCCUUACAAGAUGCAGAGAUGAUGCUUUAGGCACCUCACUUCAUCACCGCGGCAGAUAUCCCUGCAAAGAGAGAAAAAUAAUUUUGGACUUUAAGAACAAACAUAUUUCUGUGACAAAACAUUAUGAUUGUAAACAGUUCUUUUUUUUA